CUGACGGCAGACGACAAAAGGAGGGAAAUGAUGAAUUCAGACAAUUUAACCUCCCAAAGCUUCCUCUCUGUGAUUCAUAGCAAUGCCAGCAAUUUAUUCUCAGGGCUCCAGUUUGUUCAGACCUUCAAGCCACUCAUCAUCCCCUGCUACUCGCUAGUGGUUUUUAUUGGUGUCAUUGGGAAUUACCUUCUCAUUUAUGUUAUCUGCAAGACAAAAAAAAUGCACAAUGUCACCAACUUUCUGGUAGGCAAUCUGGCUUUCUCAGACAUGCUCAUGUGUGCAACCUGUGUACCCCUGACACUCGCGUACGCCUUUGAGCCCAGAGGAUGGGUGUACGGGCGUUUCAUGUGCUACUUUGUUUUCCUGAUGCAACCCGUCACUGUGUUUGUGUCUGUCUUUACCUUGACUGUCAUAGCUGUGGAUAGGUACUACGCCAUGGUGUACCCGUUCCGCAGGAGGCUCACAAUCCCUAUUUGUGCUUAUAUCCUGGCUGCUAUUUGGCUGCUGAGCUGUACCUUGGCUGCCCCAGCCUUGGUGCACACUUACCACGCAGAGUUCCCGGAACUGGACUUCUCCAUCUGCGAGGAGUUUUGGUUCCACAUGAAGAGAGAUCGCUUAGCUUACGCCUACAGCACGCUCAUCAUCACCUACGUACUGCCUUUGGCUGUCAUCUCCCUGUCCUACCUGAGAAUCUCAGUCAAGCUGAAAAACCGUGUGGUCCCAGGCAACGUCACCCAGGGCCAAGCUGAGUGGGACCGAGCAAGGAGGAGAAAGACUUUUCGCUUGCUAGUAUUAGUGGUGGCAGCCUUUGGAGUCUGUUGGCUGCCUCUGCACAUCUUCAACAUGAUAAAGGACAUAGACAUCAGCUUGAUUGACAAGCAGUACUUCAAUUUUAUCCAGCUGCUGUGCCACUGGUUUGCAAUGAUGUCUGCUUGUACCAAUGCCUUCCUCUAUGCCUGGCUCCAUGACAGCUUCAGGGGGGAGCUGAAGAAAAUGUUUGCCUGGAGAAAGAAGAAAAUUGGACCCGCUACAAACUGCAUUAUGGCCAGUGUGGUGCUGUAAACGAGAGCUGGUGGGAGUGC